GUGGGUGAUGCUUGACCAGAGAGCCGAAGCAGCGGUUCCAGCAGUGCCGCACUCACUCAGCCCUCCGCGCAAUAACUGACGUGUUUUGCGCAUUUCCUGGACCAGCCUUCAGACACACACACACACACACACACACACAGUCGGGAGAAAAAGAGGCAGGUCUGCAGGAAACUGAGUACCGACGAACAAACAGGGAUCCUGGAAAAAGCAAGUGAGUACGAAACCCUUGUAAACACUGGUUCUCCUGUCUAGGGCGAACCGAAAGACGCUUUUGCGAGGAUAACUUCCCUCCCAAUGCGCGGAGGAGACACAUCCAGCGCUCCAGCCAGACGAGGGAACGGGCUGCUCACGCUGAGGAGAUCCAGCAUAUAUUUCUGGCGUAUUUUGAGGCGUGGAAUGCUGGUCGUAUCGCUGCUGAGACACUGUAGCUGUCCUUUUUCAAUCCAACGUGCAUUGCUGACUGCCUAGAGCGCCGUUUGGACAGCUUCAAGAUCACAUGCAGGUUGUCCGUAGAUCAUAGCAAUAGAUUCUCUUUCUGUCUGGAGGACCUUCUACACUUUGCAUGCAGAUCCACGAGGACGAAGAAGGGCAUUUACCGUUAUUUCAUAAGGAGAAACAAUCACAAACCGGUGGACCGUGGCAUACACUGGUUGAAUAAUUAACCAGGCGCUGAAGUGGAAUAUUGUUACUAAAGCUUUCAAAAGUGGCCAUGGUGUUUUUUAACGGUCUGCUGAAGAUUAAGAUCUGCGAGGCUUUGGACCUGAAGCCCACAGCCUGGUCUCUGAGACACGCCGUCGGUCCCAAGGCGCAAACCUUCCUGCUGGACACGUACAUCGCCCUCAACGUAGAUGAUUUUCGCGUGGGUCAGACCUCGACCAAGCAGAAGACCAACAGUCCCGUCUGGCACGAUGAGUUUGUGAUCGAGGUGCACGACGGCCGCAAGAUCGAGCUGUCGGUGUUUCACGACGCGCCGAUUGGCUACGACGACUUUGUAGCCAACUGCACCAUUCAGUUCGAGGAAUUGCUGCAAAACGGCAGCAAACACUUCGAGGACUGGAUAGACUUGGAGCCAGAGGGAAAGGUUUAUGUCAUUAUCGACUUGUCUGGAUCAUCCAGUGAAGCAGGAAGCUGUGAGAAUGAGGAGCGCGUGUUUCGUGAACGCAUGCGUCCCAGGAAAAGGCAGGGAGCCGUCCGGAGGAGGGUGCAUCAAGUCAACGGACACAAGUUCAUGGCCACCUACCUGAGACAGCCCACCUACUGCUCGCACUGCCGUGACUUCAUCUGCUGUGAGAAUGAGGAGCGCGUGUUUCGUGAACGCAUGCGUCCCAGGAAAAGGCAGGGAGCCGUCCGGAGGAGGGUGCAUCAAGUCAACGGACACAAGUUCAUGGCCACCUACCUGAGACAGCCCACCUACUGCUCGCACUGCCGUGACUUCAUCUGUGGGCUGCAUUUCCAUGGUAACUACAGGAAAAGCCCUGAGGCUCAGAGCAACAAUAUGAGCGUGGGAUCUCAGCGCUUCAGCGUCAAUAUGCCUCAUAAAUUCAGAAUUCACAACUACAAAGUCCUGACCUUCUGUGACCACUGUGGCUCAUUACUGUGGGGCCUGCUGAGGCAAGGGCUUCAGUGCAAAGUUUGUAAGAUGAAUGUGCACAAGCGUUGUGAAAGUAAUGUAGCUCCUAACUGUGGGGUGGACGCCCGGGGCAUCGCUAAGGUGCUGUCUGACCUCGGAGUCACUCCAGAUAAACUCUCCGGCAGUGUCCAGAGGAGAAAAAAGAUCUCUCAGGGUCCAGAUCCGCAGCCCUUACCCAUAUCCCCGCAGUCAGAAGAGGAUCGAUCCAAAUCUGCUCCCACAUCACCAUGUGACCAGGAUUUAAAGGACCUGGAGAACAUCAGAAAGGCACUUUCGUUUGACCAUCGUGGCGAAGAGCUGAAGCCAGCCUCGUCCUCCUCUCUGACCGAGGGCCUGUCAGAGGAGACAGGGGAGGCCAGAGAGAACGGAGAGGUGAAGACGCUCCAGACCAAAAGGAUGACGCUGGAAGAGUUCUCCUUCAUCAAAGUGCUCGGGAAAGGCAGCUUUGGCAAGGUGAUGCUGGCAGAGUUAAGAGGCACUGAUGAGGUGUAUGCGGUGAAAGUGUUGAAGAAAGACGUCAUCCUGCAGGACGAUGAUGUGGACUGCACUAUGACUGAGAAACGCAUUCUAGCACUGGCCAGAAAACACCCUUACUUGACCCAACUCUACUGCUGCUUUCAGACCAAGGACCGUUUGUUUUUCGUCAUGGAAUAUGUGAAUGGCGGAGACCUGAUGUUCCAGAUCCAGCGUUCGCGCAAAUUCGAUGAAGCUCGUUCCCGGUUUUAUGCUGCUGAGAUGACCUCAGCCCUCAUGUUCCUGCACCAAAAUGGGGUCAUUUACAGGGAUUUAAAGCUAGACAACAUUCUGCUGGAUGCAGAGGGUCACUGUAAGCUGGCAGACUUUGGCAUGUGUAAGGAGGGAAUCCUGGAAGGCAUCACAACCACAACAUUCUGUGGCACACCAGAUUACAUUGCCCCGGAGAUCCUGCAGGAGCUUGAGUACGGCCCGUCAGUGGACUGGUGGGCUCUAGGUGUGCUGAUGUACGAGAUGAUGGCUGGUCAGCCUCCUUUUGAAGCAGAUAAUGAGGACGACCUUUUUGAGUCUAUUCUCCAUGAUGACGUCCUAUAUCCCGUGUGGCUCAGCAAAGAGGCCGUCAGCAUUCUUAAAGCGAAAACCAAAAGGGACGUCAACAAUUUUGACCAGGACUUCACCCGCGAGGAGCCGGUGCUCACCCCGGUGGAAGAUGCCAUUAUCAAGCAGAUCAACCAGGAUGAGUUCAAGGGCUUCUCUUACUUCAGUGAAGAGACCCUGUCCUAAUACUUAAACCUCCAUCUCCUGCGCUGUGAACACUGUAAACGCCCAUGAGCUGAUCAUAGACCAUCAUUUACCAAGAAUUUGAUGCUUUAAUUUAAAAGUAGAAAGUUAGGCAUUAUAAUCUUUCCUGCUGAACCCCACAUGCGUGCACAGAUACUCACAGAUUUGCACCAUCUUUAUUUAAUGUAUGUAAAACACUUAAGGGAGCUCAUGUGACAUCACUUAAGCAGCUGGAUAGAGCUCUUUAGAAGGCCAUUUCAUGUUUAAUUUCUUCUCCCAUCAUGCAGUGCAUCAGUGGUACAUCUGGAGUCAACCCAUUUAACUAGUACCGUUUUGAAAUGCAAAAACCAAAUGUAAAGAACAAGUGAUUGUAUUGCAGAUGUGAUGCAUAUGAACGUGUGAACUGGGAGUUUUAAGCACUCAGCAUUGGGAUCUGAUCACAUGAUGGUCUGAUAGCCAGAGACAGUGAUUGGACGGUACUGGGAAGGACUUUCAUGAGACCAUCGCGCCGUUUCCAUUCGAAACAGCAGUGUUGACCUAUACGCAAGUCACCAAAACAAGUGUUGUGUGUGUGUGUGUGUGUGUGUGCGUGUGUGUGCAUAUAUGCUGGAGUGUGAGGUUACACGAGUACCCUCUUUAGUGUUUCGUUGUGUGUGUGGUUUUUUCAUUAUAUUACUGGAUUGUUUUGUUGCUAGGAUGUGGAAAUUACAUACAAUGCAACAAGACCUGUCAUUAUGAACGGGUCAGGACAGUAGCCAAUCACUUCUCUACAGUCUACAGUACGUACAAGUCCUGAUUACCCUCAUCAUUAGCCUGUGAACUUUGAAAAUAGACUAAUCAUCUACUGCAUGGUUAUGCCUAUGAUAUUCUUGUGUAUUAUUAGACUAUGAGAAACUGUUAUGUGCAAUGUUCUCUCUGUGUGUAUGUGUGU